AUGGCCUCCAACACACCACCCCCAGAAGAGACCUCCUACGUCAACAUGACCCAGCUCGCCGACCGCUCCCAGUACGACGCCACCCUCGUCGGCAGCCACUGCGAGGCCGACUACUGCAACCUCCUCGACUUCCUCCCUUUCCUCUGCCAGUCCUGCAACAAGACCUUCUGCCUCGACCACCGGACCGAGUCCGCCCACCGGUGCGCCCGCGCGGGCGCCUGGGCCGAGCGCCGCCGGCAGGCCCAGCUCGCCAAGCCCAGCUAUGGCGCCGACAAGCAGAUGCGCAGCCUGGUGGCCGAGAAGGACUGCGCCGCGCCCGACUGCAAGACGCGCGUCGGCACGAGCCUCGUGCAGGGCGUCCACUGCGACCGGUGCAACCGGGACUACUGCCUCAAGCACCGCUUCGAGGACGACCACGACUGCAAGAACCUCGAGCCCCUGGGCGCGCGCCCGACCGCCGCGGUGAACAAGGCCUUCAACACGGCGUUUAGCAACUUCAAGGCGUGGACCAGGACGAACCGGGAGAAGGCGGCGGCGGCGGCGGGGCGCGCGCUUCCCAAGGCGAAGCCCACGUCUGCGUCGCAGCGCGUCGUCGCCGUCAACGAUCUGAAGAAGACCGCCAAGGGGGAUGACAAGCUGGCGGCUGAGAAGAGGGUAUAUCUAUAUGUGGAGGCCGAGGCGGCGACGACGACGGCCAAGAUGCCCAAGGGCAAGUUCUUUUACUCCAAGGACUGGGUCAUCGGCAGGGUGCUGGAUGCUGCGGCUAAGAGCCUGCAGAUUGAAAACAUUAACAACCAGUCAAACAAGGAGGAGGACAAGCUGAGGGUGUUCCAUGUGGAGGGCGGGAGGGUGUUGGAGUUCAGUGAGAAGGUCGGCACAGCCCUCACCUCGGGCAAUACGAUUGUGCUCCUGAGGGGUGUUGGCCCUUCCACCCCUGAUUUAAUUGAGGUAUGA